AUUUUUGUGCAUAUCUUCAGCUUCUUUACAUCAUUAAUACUGUGUCUUCACUGUGUUAUUUUUAAUAUUUAUGUAUCAAUUUUUGGCAGGCUGGUCGUUCAGAUAUUAAUUAUUUGAUUUUCUAUUUUUGUAAGCAUCACAUCUGGUUUUCCAUAACUAUUUUCGUUUUACAUUGUGUAUUUAGUAUACUGUAUUUCAGUAAAAGUCUUGUCUAAGACUAGUCAAGACGAAGAAACGACUUAUUUUUCUUUUGCCAACUUAUUGUUAUUAACUGCCGAAAAAUGGCAACAGGAAUAAGACGUGACAUUCAUUUGAGACAAGAAAAUAUAUUAUCUGAAAAUUCUUCUCGGGGAACCAAAGAUUUAAAAAGUAGUGGCAUUAUAGCUCCUCGAAGACCAGUAUUAAAUGACAUCAGUAGUAAUCUACAGCCUUCUCAAAAUCCUAUUCAAAGAACUAAAAUUGCAAUAGCUAAACCAGUCACAAGACUUACAACCAAUUUAAAUCGUACCACAACCACUGUAAAUGCAAAAAAUUGUACAAAAACGGUCAUCAAAGUUAAUUCUACUCUUAAAGAAAAUGUCUCGAGUAUUCCAAAAGCAAUUAGUAGGCCUAGACCAUCUAGUAUGGUUCGACCCCUUAAAGGGACAUUAACAAGAAGUUCAUCACUUCGAAGCAAAUCAAUUGUUCUGACUGAGGCACAAAAAAAAGAACAAGAAUGGUUAGCAGCUUGCAAAGUCGAUGCAGUUGAUAAAAAUGAUGAAUAUGAUCCUUUCCUUGUUGGAGCUUAUUCUAAAUCAAUUUUUGAGUACAUGUUGACUUUAGAAGCACAAUAUAUGAUUAAACCAGAUUAUUUGGCCAAUCAUAAAUAUAUCACACCUUCUAAUCGCAGUGUUGUAGUAGAUUGGCUUGUUGAAGUUCAGCAAGAGUUUCAAAUUAUGCAGGAAUCCCUGUACACAGCAGUAGGAAUAUUAGAUCGCUACUUACAGGAAAAUGAAAAUGUUGCACGAAAUAAAUUACAACUGAUUGGAGCUACGAGUCUACUACUCGGGUGUAAAUAUGAGGAAAUUUAUGUACCAGAAAUCAAUGACUUUGUUUAUUUAUCUGACAAUGCAUUUACUAAGGAUGAAGUGAAAUCCAGUUUAGUUGAUGUUUUUCGAUCUAUAAACUAUUCUUUAUCUAGGCCAUUUUCUUUAACUUUUUUAAGAAGAUUUAGCAAAGUAUCAGGUGCUCGAUCAUCGCAACAUUCCUUGGCCAAAUACUUUUUGGAAUUAUCAUUAGUUGACUACAACCUUGUUCAUGUUAAGCCAUCUGAAAUGGCAGUAUCAGGCUUGUUACUAGCAAUUGUUAUUACUAAUGAUCCUCAACUUGAAGAUGAACCUGAAAAUGUUCAUUCUCUUUUGUCACUAUAUUGGACUGAAAUAUUGAAAAAACAUUCAACAUAUAAAAUUAAUGACAUAAUAUCUACUGUUCAAUCUUUGGCUAAAUUAGCUCUCAAUGCGCCUGAAUGGAAGUAUAAAGCUGUUUAUAAAAAAUAUCAAAGUGCAAAAAUGGGAAGAAUAACAACUAGUUCCUUAUUAUGUUCACCUGCUAUGAGAUUUAUUGCUCAAUCAAGUUAACUAAUUUUCCACAAUUGUUUUCAACUAAUUAACUUUUAUUUAUUUUUUUUAUCAUUUUGUUUUUAUUGAGGGUGGUUGUGCCACUUUUAACUAGAUAUUUUUUUCUAAAUACUAAAACAUUUUUAUUUAAUUGGAAAAUUUUAGGCAUUAACUAUGCUUGUACAUAUUAAUGUUUUUUGAAUAAUUUUUACUAUACAAUACACUUCAAAGUUAUAACUGAAAAAUGAAUAAAAAAAAAAUUGUUUAGGUUUGUUAUGUAUUGUAAGUUUUUUGAUAUAUAACCAUUGUAAACAUAUUUAUAAGUAACAAUUAUUUGGAAAAAUCUAAAUGAAGAUAGAUAAUUUUUGAAACAUUUAUUAAAUUCAAUAUCAAAUUUUGAAGUGAUUUAUAUUGUUAUAUUUCCGUAUUGUAAAUAACUGCUUCUAUGUGGUAUUAAACAAAUUUUAUUUAAAUUUAAGAAUGUUUUAAAUUGUACUCCUAUAUAUAUAUAACUUACUAAAAUAAAUUUUAAUUAUACAUACUUAGACAAUUUUACAAAAGUAAAUGUGUGUAAAAAUAAAAAAAAUGUCUUACAGUACUUCCUCCUUUGUAUUAUUAAAGUGUUUUAACCUUGCACUUCUAUCUGACUCCCUCGUAUUUUUAUGUAUGUGACUAAGUAACCUAGUUUUAGUAACUUAAUUAUACUUGAUUGCAUUAUGAAUAAAGCUAUUUUAAAUUUUAAUAA